GGGGACAAACAGGAGGAAACCAGCGAGGCAGAGAGGAAGAAAGAGGAGGAACCGGGUCCCUCGUCUCCUGUUCUGGGUGAACAGCUGAGCAGGAAGAAAAAGAGAAAAAAGAGGAGAGAAGAGGAGGAGGAAGAACUGUUGGCUCCUCCCUCACCUCCUACUGGGGAUGAAAAGGUGAGCAGGGAGAAGAAAAGGAAGAAAAAACAGGAGGACAAAGAGCCAGAAAAGAGAAAGGAGGAGAAGGAGGUGUUCUGUUCUCCUCAUGGACAGGUGGGCAGAAAAGAGGAGAAGAGCAGCGAGGGAGGAAAGAAGAAAAAGAAAGAGGAAGUGACAUCACAGGAAAGGGAGCCUUACAGCGAGACUAAACAAAAGAAGAAGGCGGCGCGCAUGGCGAGUGUAGCCACAGCAACAGCAAAUGCACAUGUGUCGGUUCAAACAGUCAAGAACAGGUUGAAGGAGGAGAGGGGAAGUGAAAGUGUGCAGGAAGUGACAUCAUGUAAUGGAGAGAAGGCAACGAAGAAUGUAAAUCCUGCAAAGAGGCAGAGAGGUGCAGCGGGGGGUCACGGGGAGGAGGAGAAGAAGAAGAGGAGAACGGAGGCGGCAGCUGAUCCUGAAGAGUUUGACCAUAAGUUGUUGGAGGAACUUCAGGAAUUUGUUCCUCAUGUGAAGAAGAAAUCUGCCGAUCAGAUCAACAAGCUGCUGCGGUACGACUUGGCACGCUUCAAGGCCUUCAAAAAGAAAGGUGUGUCUCUGCGCUGGGGGCGGUACUCUCAGCUUGAGAACCAGCAAAUCGAACAGAACGUGGCCGACUUCUUGGCUCUGACGGGAAUCAGCUCAGCGGAGCAGCUUCUGUUUCCUCACAGGUUCAAAGAGCAGGAGCUGGAGAUCAGGAGGCUGAAAGCACAGCAUCACUUCCUGGAGAACAUCGGUACGUAACCAAUGCAGAACGAC